AUGGACGACGAAGACUAUGCUAUGGAGGAAGACACUAUCGUCACUUCCACAGAGCUUAAUGGCGAUCAUGUACCAGAUACCAUAAACCCGAACGAGCUCUUUCGUAACAAAGGACCAACAUUGUCCAAGAGAGAGCAAUUACCUUUCCACAGUCCAUCGAAGAACACCUCGUUCCUGCAACCGGGAACCAUGCAAAGCCAAUCCGGAUCGCACCGAACAACGAAGUCACCGAGUGGGUGGUCGGAUAAGAUGAGCAUGUCGCGUCCCACUCCUGUUCGGCGCUCAAGUCCGCAGGUUCGCAUACCCCCAAAGCCAAGAUCUUCCCUCCUUCCGUAUUCGACCAACAAAACAGGCCUUGUGUAUGACUCUCGUAUGCGCUUUCACGCGGAGCUUCCUGAUAUGAAUCUAAUCGACGAUAUUCAUCCCGAGGAUCCGCGUCGCAUUCACUCCAUCUACGAAGAACUCAGGGAAGCUGGUCUAGUGGCAACAAGCGAUACGGAUGAGGACCAAGAAGACAAGUGCUGGAGAAUAAUGACGCGCUUUGCUACGAGGCCAGAGAUCCUCCUUAUACAUACAGCAGAGCAUUACGCAUUCGUGGAGUCGUUGCAGCAUAUGACUGCAGAGAACUUGAAAAUAGAAGCUGAUUCUCGUGACUCGAUCUACUUCAAUCAUGCGACUUAUGACUGCGCCAAGCUCGCAGCUGGUGGUGCUAUCGAGGCGUGCAAAGCGGUAGUGCAAGGAACCGUGCGCAAUGCAAUCGCAAUUAUUCGUCCUCCAGGUCACCACGCGGAGACCAAUCAGCCCUCUGGGUUCUGCAUUUUCAACAACGUCCCAAUAGCCACCCGCGUAUGUCAGAAUGACUACCCGGAGACCUGUCGUAAGGUCUUAAUCCUUGAUUGGGAUGUGCAUCACGGUAAUGGUGUUCAGCACGCCUUCUACGAUGACCCAAAUGUCCUUUACAUAUCCCUGCAUGUCUACAAGGACGGAAACUUCUAUCCCAACUUGCCAGAUGGCAAUCUCGACUAUUGCGGUGAAGGUCUUGGCGAAGGAAAGAACGUAAACAUUCCGUGGGCUGAACACGGCAUGGGUGAUUCGGAGUAUCUCUAUGCUUUUCAAGAAAUUGUCAUGCCUAUUGCUACUGAAUUCGAUCCAGAUCUUGUCAUAGUCUCGGCGGGUUUCGACGCGGCUGAAGGAGAUCUACUGGGUGGUUGUUUCGUCACUCCGGCAUGUUACGGCCACAUGACGCACAUGCUUAUGCGACUCGCGAAAGGGAAGAUCGUAGUAUGCCUUGAAGGUGGCUACAAUUUGAGAUCAAUAGCACGCUCAGCGCUCGCUGUAACGAGAGUACUCAUGCUGGAGCCUCCGGAUCGCUUGAGUGACGAACUCUCAGCUCCAAAGGAUAGUGCAGUCUACGUUGUCGAGAACGUGAAACGCCAGCAUUCAAAGUAUUGGAAAUCGCUCUACCCCAAACAUCUGGACAAAACCGACCCUGGCUACAAGGAUACGUUUCGAUUGCACGAGGUCAUUCGCGAAUGGCAGAGCCAACGACUGUCUUCAGAGCACUCAAUGGUCCCGCUUCCUACACUGCAAAUCAACAAGGCAGGGUUGGCGCAGACCUUCGAGCACAAUGUUAUCGCUACACCAAACUUUAUGGAACGACAUCCUCUGCUCGUGAUCUUCCAUGACCCGCCGAGCUUCCACGACCAUUCUGAUCCGGUGACUGGCAAGAGAGAGUUACACAACACAUGGCUUACUGAUGUUACGAAGAGGUAUAUUGACUGGGCCAUCAACAAUGACUUCCAGGUCAUCGAUGUCAAUAUUCCGAAAGUCGUCACAGUCGAAGAUUCGAUCAUCGGCUACAUGAAAUCCGAAGAUUCUGCAGUUCGAGCACAGCAAACUCGCGAACUUGCAGCGUAUCUAUGGGAAAACUACAUCGAACCAAACGAUGCAACACAAGUGUUUUUCAUGGGUAUCGGAGACGCAUAUCUUGGACUGGUCGACCUACUGAGUCACAAUGAAAACUGUACCGACCCCGAUAGUCCGGUUGAGUGCUUGAUCGGCUUCGUUGGAGAAACGACCAUUCAAUCGAUAAAGCGAGCCACGGACGACACAAUAUCAAGCUGGUACUACUCACAUUCCAUGAUCUUUGUGAAGAACAGCCACUUCGUCUGGAAUCCAAGUCGCCAACGUAAGAUGCGCAAGAAGCUUGGCAAUCUUAUCCAAUCACCCAAAGAUGGCUUAGACGACAUGCUUGAGCAGCAUCUGGAGGAGGUACAGAACCUCCUUCUGGAAAAAAAGGGUAAGGGCGAAUUCGACGAGAUGAAUGACCUUUCCAGCCGUACCGACGAGGGACCACAGCACAUGGCCACGGGAUUGCGAAGUCCACCUUUACCAAGCGCGUCACAAACACCUAAGCGGUUCGACCCUGGAAAUAGGCAAGAAGGUGCUAUACUGAAGAGCCCUAAGAUGCCACAAAUGGGCUUGUUCAGUGCGAGUCCUGGUCCAAGGAGUCCUAUCAAAAGGCCGCCUUUAUGA